UUUCGUUCUCAUCCAUUUCUCUCCCUUUCUUUCUUGUCCUUUAUUCCUCCUUAAGAGAUAGGGACACUCGCUCACUCACAGACCCAUAAAACAAUAUCUGAAUACGGGAUCCACGAACCCGGAGCUCCUUUUGAUCUAGGUUUUCAGAUUCAAUUCUAUAUACUUCUUCCCUUCCUCCCAUCAUUUUAGUUCGGAUCGGGCGCCCCGUUUUGGGAGAUCCGAUUGCUUCUAUUGCCUUGGCUCGAGAUCCGGGCCAAGCACAGAAGUGUCGGAUUCGGAUAUUUGGAUUGAACCAUCCUCAAGUGUGCAGUUUGGAUUUAGUGAUUCGAGAGUUGGCAAAGUGUAAAUGGCGUCUAGGGAGGGAUUUCUGACGGAUGAGCAGAGGGAAAUGUUGAAAAUAGCAAGUCUAAAUGUGGAAAAUUUGUCAUCAUCCCCAAAGAGUUUGUCACCCUCCCCAAAAUCCCCAUCAAUGUUGCUUUCUGAGCAUCAGUUAAAAGUUCCUGCUGCUGGCAAGGCACCAACUGCUGGGAUUGCAGUGAGGCAUGUGCGAAGGUCGCACUCGGGCAAGUUUGUGCGUGUGAAGAAGGAUGGUGGUGGUGGUAAGGGCACAUGGGGAAAACUGCUUGAUACUGAUGGUGAAUCACAUAUUGAUCGGAAUGAUCCUAACUAUGACAGUGGAGAGGAGCCAUACCAGCUUGUUGGGGCAACUAUCUCAGACCCUUUAGAUGAGUACAAGAAGGCUGUUGUUUCCAUAAUAGAGGAAUACUUUAGUACUGGUGAUGUGGAAGUGGCAGCAUCUGAUCUUAGAGAACUUGGCUCAAGGAAAUAUCAUCCUUAUUUUAUCAAGCGGCUUGUUUCCAUGGCCAUGGACAGGCAUGAUAAGGAGAAGGAAAUGGCUUCUGUUCUGCUAUCUGCAUUAUAUGCUGAUGUAAUCAGCCCAUCCCAAAUUAGGGAUGGAUUUGUCAUACUUCUUGAGUCUGCUGAUGAUCUUGCAGUAGACAUAUUAGAUGCUGUUGACAUCCUUGCUUUAUUCAUAGCCCGUGCUGUGGUAGAUGAUAUCCUUCCUCCAGCUUUCGUCACUAGGGCAAAGAAGACCAUUCCAGAGUCCUCAAAGGGAUUUCAGGUUCUCAAAACUGCUGAGAAGCGCUAUCUCUCAGCUCCGCACCAUGCAGAACUUGUGGAGAGGAGGUGGGGUGGUAGCACACACAUCACUGUUGAGGAAGUAAAGAAAAAGAUUGCUGAUUUGUUGAGGGAAUAUGUGGAGAAUGGGGAUGCUUUUGAGGCAUGUAGGUGUAUAAGGGAAUUGGGGGUUUCAUUUUUUCAUCAUGAGGUUGUCAAGAGGGCUUUAAUUCUUGCCAUGGAGAUUCGGACUGCUGAACAGCUUAUGUUAAAGCUGUUAAAGGAGGCUUCUGAGGAAGGCUUGAUAAGUUCCAGUCAAAUGGUGAAGGGUUUUGCUCGGCUCACAGAGAGCCUUGAUGACCUUGCUCUUGACAUUCCAUCUGCAAAAACCUUGUUUCAAGCCCUUGUUCCAAAGGCUAUAUCUGAGGGAUGGCUAGAUGCUUCAUUCUUGAAGUCCUCUAGUGAAGAUAGACAGGUACUAGCUGAAGACAAAAGGUUGAGACAAUAUAAGGGGGAGGUUGUGACAAUAAUUCAUGAGUAUUUUCUCUCAGAUGACAUUCCUGAACUAAUCCGAAGUCUUGAAGAUCUUGGCAUGCCCGAGUUUAACCCCAUUUUCCUGAAAAAACUCAUCACCCUAGCUAUGGACAGGAAAAACAGGGAGAAAGAAAUGGCAUCUGUUUUGCUUUCAGCUCUUCACAUUGAGAUUUUUUCAACUGAAGAUAUAGUUAAUGGCUUUGUCAUGCUUCUGGAAUCUGCAGAAGAUACAGCACUUGACAUUUUGGAUGCUUCAAAUGAGCUUGCACUCUUUCUGGCUAGGGCUGUAAUUGAUGAUGUCUUGGCUCCAUUGAAUCUAGAGGAGAUCAGCAGCAAAUUGCCACCAAAUUGCAGUGGGGGUGAGACCGUGUAUAUGGCUCGAUCACUUAUUGCUGCACGUCAUGCAGGGGAGAGGAUCCUGAGAUGCUGGGGGGGUGGGACUGGUUGGGCUGUGGAGGAUGCAAAGGACAAGAUAUUGAAGCUAUUAGAGGAGUAUGAAAGUGGGGGUGUUGUUAGUGAGGCUUGCCAAUGCAUCCGUGAUCUUGGGAUGCCCUUCUUUAACCAUGAGGUGGUGAAGAAGGCAUUGGUUAUGGCUAUGGAGAAGAAGAAUGAUAGGAUGCUUGAUCUGCUGCAGGAGUGUUUCAAUGAAGGGCUGAUUACUAUCAAUCAGAUGACCAAAGGCUUCACCCGCAUAAAGGAUGGGCUUGAUGAUCUGGCUCUCGACAUUCCAAAUGCAAAGGAGAAAUUCAGUUUUUACGCGGAGUAUGCCUGUAAGAAGGGUUGGCUCCAAGCUUCUUUUGGGUCAUAUGUUGCAGAUGCAUCCUCAACCCCAGCUGCAGCUACUUGAGAUGAGCAUAUAUCUUCUGCUAGUUUCUCUCAUGUCUGUUAUUGCUCAGUACCUCUUUGCACUGUUUAAUCGUCUCUAUGCUUCAGAGAUGGAUAGAUAGAUAUGGGAUGUUUGAAUUCCUUCUGAUGUUUCAGUGGUCAUCUGAUGGAGAUCCUUGUGAUCCCAACCAAUGUAUAAAGUUGGUUCGUUGUUAUUACUAUUGACAUAGCUUUAGGAGGAUAUGUAUGUUGAAGAGGGGGAUGGGUCAUGAUGCUAUUAUCACAUGCAAUAUGAUGUUUAGGAUGAUGAUAGUUUCCUUCCCCCCUAUAAGUAUUAUUGGUUUUAUCUUUUAUUUUCAUUUUGCUUCUCUCA